AUGCCAGCUGUACAACUGGUCAACCGGAAUUCCGGUAUUUCUGGACUGGUCGCCGAAGCCUGGUCAGGGCACCCUGGCUCAGAACGCAAGCAGAUUGAAGCUCCUAUAUUGGUUUACAAAGAUAUCAUUACAUGUUGGAUAAAAUUACAGGAUACGUUGAUGGCGGCUAACAAUAUGAUAUCGGUGUUUGUUUCGGAGCAAUUAGACCCGGAUCCCAUUCUUUGGAGCUACGUGCAAACCGUGAUACCUCUUUUGGAGAAUGCUACCGCCAAGGAUAUCCUUCGGUUGAAUCUCUCGUCAAAUUAUGACAAUUUGUUACGCCAAACAAGGGAGUUACUCUUAUCCGCAUACCCAGGUACCCGAUAUUUGGUUGGUUUGAACCAGGAGAAUAGCUGA